AUGCCUUUGAAAUUCCCUAUCCGAAUACGAUUCUUCACCCAUCCUCUUCCGGGUACUCGUAUCGUUUCCUUGAAUUCCGGUGCACGAGCUCAUCACUCCUCUAGCUCCGUCCCUUUUCUUUUCCGGGUAUUCUCUUCCAGGUUGAACUACUUUGCAUUCGGGUCUCGCAUCAACUUCUCUUCUCGUCCGAGCGGAGACCUACCCGAAUUUGGGCAGCGGAGUCGAGGUGAUGGAGAUAUCCGCGCGUCAAGGAGCUUGAUCGACGACGAGGAAGAGCUCAGUAACUGGGUAAGCGAUUUGAGGCCUGGAUCGUUUCGUUUCCAUCUCACUAGCGAAGAUGACGAUUCGGGUCCAGACGCGGAGGAUCGUAGCAGGGGAAGAAACCAGGACAAGGGUGCGAAGAGUGGAAGGGAAAGAGAGUCUGAUGAGUUUAGGGGUUUCAACAGAAGAGGAACUCGCAAUCAAGUUGGUUCUUUUAGGGAUAAGCGGUAUGGUGAUAGAGACACUGGAUUGAGUGGUCAGGGGUCUUUUCGUGGGAGGAAGGAGAGAAGUUUAGAUUCAGGAAUCAGGAGAGAUAGAGGUAGAGAUAGAGAAGACUACAAGGGUUUAAGGAAGCGGGAACAGCUUCUUGAGGACGAAAGCAGUGAUGAGGAUGUGAAGAGUUUAGUAAUGGGAGGCUUUGGGGAUUUGCUUAGUGAAGAUGAUGAAGAAGAGGACCAAGACUGUGACUUUCUCAGGGACAAAGCAGCUUCUGCUUUUGGGUUUGACAAGGAGAAGGCUAUUGGAGCGGACAAGGCUAGGAAUGCAGAUCAUGUUAAAACUUCAGAUUCUUAUUUGACCAAGACAAGGUAA